CCUUCCUCCUCCUCCGCCACCGCUGGUCGGGGCUCUCCGCCGGCCGGAGGCAGAGGGGUGCAUGGCAGCCACGGCCCCGCGGCGGCCCCGGGCAGCAGCAGCCGAGACGCGCUCCGCUCCGCGGCAGCGCCCGAAGCAACUUUCUCGCUCCGCGGGGUGCGGGAGCGGGGCGAUGUGACCCCGCAGCCGCCCCGGCGGCGGAGCCUCCCCGGCAGCGCAGCGCGGAGUGGAGCCCGCCCCCCCCCGGCGGCGCGGAGCAGAGCCCACCCCCGCCUCCCGGCCCGGCGGAGCGGCGCGGAGCGGAGCCCACCCCCCGCCUGCCACCUCCCUCCCCGGCGGCGCCCGCAGCCCGGGGCGGGAGCGCGGAUGCGGCGCGGAGCCCGGCGGCCCGGCGGAGCCCAGCGCGGGGCCGGGGCCGGGCCCUGCCGGGGGGGCCGGCGGGCGGCGCGGGGCGCGGGGGGAUGCUGAGCCCCGCCGCCCGGCACCGCGCCCGCCGCCGGGAGAUGCUCCUCGUGGUCGCCCUGUGGCUGGCGUGGCAAGAAGCGCCCGCGGCGCCGACCCCCGCGGCGGACGACAUCACCCGGGGAGUUGACUGGCUGACAAAAUUUGGGUAUCUGCCACCUCCGGAUCCCAUCACAGGACAACUGCAGACGCAGGAGGAGCUCACCAAGGCCAUCACUGCCAUGCAAAAGUUCGGGGGUCUCGAGGCGACAGGGGUCCUAGAUGAAGCCACACUAGAGCUGAUGAAGACCCCUCGCUGCUCUCUGCCCGACCUUGCUGCCGUGGAGGCCAGGAGGAAGCGAUUCACACAGGCUGUCACCAAGUGGAGCAAAAGGAACUUGUCAUGGAGAGUUCGCACCUUCCCAAAAGAGUCCCACCUGGGCCACGACACCGUCCGAGCCCUGAUGUACUAUGCCCUGAAGGUCUGGAGCGACAUUACGCCGCUGAAUUUCCAUGAAGUGGCAGGUAACAACGCUGACAUCCAGAUAGACUUCUCCAAGGCAGAUCACAAUGAUGGCUAUCCUUUUGACGGGCCUGGUGGGACAGUGGCACAUGCUUUCUUCCCUGGAGACCAUCACACGGCAGGAGACACUCAUUUUGAUGAUGACGAGUAUUGGACUUUCCGAUCUUCAGAUGCUCAUGGGAUGGACCUAUUUGCUGUAGCUGUCCAUGAGUUUGGCCAUGCCAUUGGCUUGACCCAUGUCUCUGCCAUAGAGUCUAUCAUGAGACCCUACUACCAAGGUCCUGUGGGGGAUCCUCUGAAGUAUGACCUACCUUACGAGGACAAAGUCCGAAUCUGGCAGCUCUAUGGCGUCAGGGAAUCUGUGUCCCCCACAGCCAAGCCUGAAGUAAGCAAAGCUGAUGACCAUCCCAUCCUGCCAGAGCUGCCAGAGAACCGCUCCACUGUCCUGCUCCGGCGGGACGUGCCCAACAGAUGCAGCACUCACUUCGACGCCGUGGCUCAGAUCCGGGGAGAGGCUUUCUUCUUCAAGGGCAAGUACUUCUGGAGACUGACUCGCAAUAAGCACUUGGUCUCCCUCCAGCCGGCUCAGAUCCACCGUUUCUGGCGGGGCUUGCCACUCAACCUGGACAGCCUGGAUGCGGUCUAUGAGAGAACCAGCGACCACAAGAUCGUCUUCUUCAAAGGAGACAGAUACUGGGUCUUCAAAGACAAUAACGUGGAGGAAGGAUACCCACGGCCAAUCUCAGACUUCGGUCUGCCGCUGGGAGGCAUUGACGCCGCUUUCUCCUGGGCCCACAAUGACAAGACUUAUUUCUUUAAGGACAAUCUCUACUGGCGCUACGAUGACCACGAGCAGAGGAUGGAUCCUGGGUACCCUUCAGAGACUAUUCUGUGGAAGGGCAUACCAAGCCCUUUAGAUGAUGCCAUGAGGUGGUCAGAUGGUGCAAGUUACUUCUUCAGGGGCAAGGAGUACUGGAAGGUGCUGGACAGUGACCUGGAGGCCCAGCCUGGUUAUCCCCAGUCCAUUGCUAGAGACUGGCUGGUGUGCAGCAACAUGCAGUCCGACUCCCCGGGAGCAGCUGGGAGCAGCCGGACGGGGGCACGCUCCAAACCAGGGCAGCACGAUGAGAGCCGCGCAGAGAACGGCUAUGAGGUCUGCUCCUGCACCUCGGCCUCCGCGUCCCUCCGGGCUCACCCUGCGCUCAGACUGUCAGCCAGCCUCGUGCUGACUGGCGUGUGGACGGCAACGCUGGUGUGUGCAGCCCUAUGACACCUCAUCCCCCGGAGAGGUGACGCCGUGGUGCUCCAGGGAGGGAAGGUGGACACAAUCCCACCAUGCUAACUGCUGCCAGCAGAAAAACAUUCCUAGGAACACACCGGUGAAGGGUUUGAAUUCUCCAUGAGAAAUGAACAGUGGUUUGGGUUUUUUUUUUUCAUUUUAAUUUUAGUUUAAAGGUCUAAUAACAGGUUUUGAGUUCUGCACCUUCUUUUUCCCCAUCUAGUUAAAGAGAGCAGCCUAAUGUUGAAUUUAGACAUGAUCCAUAGAUAUGUGUUGCUUUGGAUGUUUAAACAUGGCAAGGGAGGGGAGAGCUGCUGUGAUUGAACGGGGACAGAAGAGAUGCUGCUACGGCAGACAGCAGUGUCCCGGAGGAAAGGCAGCAAGGCUGUAGGUGGGAGGUGGUAGUUCCGUGCUGACACAAUGUACGCAUCCCUUGGAUGUACACAUCCUAUUGGAUGUACCAGGUAGAAAGGAACCUUGACUCCACUCAGAUUAACUGCGAGGUGAUCUCCCGUUACUGUCAGACCUGCUGCGGUCACUGAUGUCUCGGUAACCUGUAUCCAUUUCUAUGGGUCAGAAACACCUUCGCCUUUCAGAAGGCAGCGCAGCUUAUCUUUGUAUCUGAGCCAUUUGAAUUUAGCCGUUUCUCUAAUAAACCUUGGCUGCCCACGCAGGGCUCUGCUAGCCCUC